AUUCAAAAGAGGAAAGAGCCUCGCUGUCGAGGGAAAGCCGAUAUUAAAUCCAAACGACGACGAUAGCGAGGAAGAAGAUAGGAGAUCAAAUCUUGAUUACCCCGCCCAAAAUAUAGGGUGUUUUCUCUGCGAGAUGGAGGAGAGGAGAUUUUGGUAGAGCUCUCGGUGGAUCUCAGAUCCGUUUCUUGAGCUGCUUUCGGGAUCGGUACACCAUGGCUUUGAAGGGGAAUGCAGCUGAUGGCAGGACUCGGAGCUCCAUGUCUAUAAUUAUAGUGGUCGGUCUGUGUUGCUUCUUCUAUGUCUUGGGUGUUUGGCAGAGGAGCGGUUUUGGGAAGGGGGAUAGGAUAGCAGCUCAGAUAACUGAGCAGACUGAAUGCGCUAUCUCACCCAAUCUUAAUUUUGAGACCCAUCAUAGUGGAGGAGGCGUUCCUAAUGAUGAUGAUUCAGAAGUAAAAACUUUUGAGCCAUGUAAUGACCGUUAUACUGAUUACACUCCUUGUCAGGAUCAAAGGCGUGCAAUGACUUUUCCUAGAGAUAACAUGAUUUAUAGAGAGAGACAUUGCCCCCCUGAACAGGAAAAGCUUUACUGUCUUAUACCGGCACCCAAGGGAUAUGUGGCUCCAUUUCCAUGGCCUAAGAGCCGUGACUAUGUUCCCUAUGCCAAUGUACCUUACAAGAGUUUGACAGUUGAGAAGGCUGUUCAGAACUGGGUGCAAUAUGAGGGCAAUGUUUUUAGGUUCCCUGGUGGAGGAACACAGUUUCCUCAAGGGGCAGAUAAAUAUAUUGACCAACUUGCAUCUGUUAUUCCAAUUGCGAAUGGGACGGUCAGAACUGCAUUGGACACUGGUUGUGGGGUGGCAAGCUGGGGUGCUUAUCUACUGAAGAGGAAUGUCUUAGCCAUGUCGUUUGCACCAAGGGACUCGCAUGAGGCACAGGUACAGUUUGCACUGGAAAGAGGCGUGCCUGCAGUUAUUGGUGUUCUUGGAUCUAUAAAGCUCCCCUACCCAGCUAGAGCCUUUGAUAUGGCUCACUGUUCAAGAUGCUUGAUCCCAUGGGGAUCAAAUGAUGGAAUGUACAUGGUGGAGGUGGAUCGGGUUCUUCGCCCUGGUGGUUACUGGGUGCUUUCUGGCCCUCCAAUUAACUGGAAGAGUAACUACAAAGCAUGGCAACGAACAAAGGAGGAUCUUGAGGAGGAACAAAGAAAGAUUGAAGAAAUUGCUGAACUUCUGUGUUGGGAAAAAAUUUCAGAGAAGGGUGAAAUUGCCAUAUGGCAAAAGAGAAUAAAUGCUGAUUCCUGUCCUGGGAGGCAAGAUGAGUCCCAUGUAAAUAUGUGUGAAUCAACAAAUGCAGAUGAUGUCUGGUACAAGAAGAUGGAGGCUUGCAUAAAUCGUUAUCCUGAGGUUAACAGUCCUGAAGAGGUUGCUGGAGGUGAACUGAGGCCAUUCCCAGACAGGCUAAAUUCUAUUCCCCCUAGAAUUUCGAGUGGUUCUGUGCCUGGCUUCUCUGCGGAGUCAUAUCAAAAAGACAAUAAAUUGUGGCAAAAGCAUGUCAAAACUUAUAAGAAAGUCAAUAAGUUGCUUAACACUGGAAGGUAUCGCAAUAUUAUGGACAUGAAUGCAGCUUUGGGUAGUUUUGCUGCAGCAAUUGAGUCUCCAAAAUUAUGGGUUAUGAAUGUUGUGCCUACUAUUGCGGAGCUGUCCACUUUGGGUGUCAUAUAUGAAAGAGGGUUAAUAGGCAUAUAUCAUGACUGGUGUGAAGCCUUUUCGACUUACCCAAGGACAUAUGAUCUUAUACAUGCCAGUGGUGUUUUCAGCUUGUACCAGAACAAGUGUAAAAUGGAAGACAUUCUCUUAGAGAUGGACCGUAUUUUGCGCCCAGAAGGUGCUAUUAUAUUUCGCGAUGAUGUUGAUGUCUUGAUAAAGGUGAAGAGGAUGGUCAGUGGCAUGAGAUGGAGCACAAGGAUGGCAGAUCAUGAGGAUGGCCCUCUUGUGUCUGAGAAGAUAUUGUUUGCCGUAAAGCAGUAUUGGGUUGGUGGAAGCAAAAAUAAAACACGCGAGCAGUAAAGAAGCGCCCUUCCUAGAACUCGGCAGUGUUUUCCACACACUUGCUACUACGAAACAAGCUUGAGUUGCGGCAAAGCUAUCGACUUGGCGUGUUUUUUUCUCAUCUCUAAAAACAUUACGGGUUCGGAUAAGCAUUCUUGGGUUAAGAGUUAUUGUAACCAUGAUUCGUUGCCAAGUAGCCAUAGCUUUUCAUAUUUAUAAUUGUUGUUUCAUCACCAUGAUGUUUUUUUUAUCAAAAAAAUAGAGUUGUUCCCCCAGUUAGUGGAAUUUGAUAUUGUUAAACGCGUACGAUCCAAUCUUCGUUGUU